GUAUAGUCAGCGCCAUUUUGACCGAAACAAAAAUCCUGCGUCGGAUAAAACCGGCGUUAAAACAAUUUAUAUUACUUGCUUCCCCGCUGAUCUGGCCAAGGAGCUGAUAGUGAAAGUAGCGUACCAUGAAUUGGUUGAGUACUGUUUUAGUUGGAUUAGUUUUUACGUUUUUAGCAUCGAUCCCAGUUGAAUGUACUGAGUUGACUUUUGAGUUGGAAGACAACGCUAGACAAUGUUUCUAUGAGGACAUCAAAAAAGAUACCAAAGGAACGCUUGAGUUUCAGGUCAUAAGUGGUGGAAACUAUGAUGUAGAUGUAGUUCUUUAUGAUGAAAAUGGUAACGAAGUUUACAACGUCCAAAAGAAACAGUAUGACAGCCAUUCUUUCACAGCUCAGACUGAUGGAAUUUACAAGUUCUGCUUCAGCAAUGAAUUUUCUACAUUUAGUCACAAGGUGGUUUACUUUGAUUUCCAAGCUGGAGAUGAAAUGCCUUUAACUAAAGACAUGGGAGCACAUCAAACAGCACUCACACAGAUGGAGACAGCAUGUGUAACCAUACACGAAGACCUUAAGAUUGCAACAGACUACCAAACCCACCAUCGUUUACGUGAGUCUCAAGGACGGGACAUGGCUGAGUAUUUAAAUGAAAGGAUACAGUGGUGGUCUGUUGGAGAAGCUUGCCUAAUUCUUUCUGUUGGAAUCUGUCAAGUAGUCAUUUUAAGGCGAUUUUUUGCUGAGAAGAGGUCAACCAUCUAGUUCUUGAAACAUUGCUGCUUGAAGAAAUCAUGCUUCUUUCAGUCUGUACAGAAAAGAUAUUAACUCCAUCAAAUUUAUUAAAAAAAUCAUCUUGAAAAGCUGUUGCCUCAUGAACACAAAAACUGUGAUAGCUGAAGAUGAAGACAUUGAUGUUGUUCUUAUGCUACACAAGUUGAACCAGACCUGAGCCUUUACAAGGGGGCUUUGUUGUUCCUCAUACUGGUGUGCUUUAUAUGUAAUGAAUGAUCAUUAGUA